AUGCCCGAGAACGGCUCCUUCGCCAACUGCUGCGAGGCGGGCGGCCGGGCGGUGCGCCCAGGCUGGGCAGGGGCAGGUGGCGCGCGGCCCUCCGGGACCCCCAGGCCUCCGUGGGUGGCGCCCGCGCUGUCCGCGGUGCUCAUCGUCACCACCGCGGUGGACAUCGUGGGCAACCUCCUGGUCAUCCUCUCUGUGCUCGGGAACCGCAAGCUCCGGAACGCAGGUAAUUUGUUCUUGGUGAGUCUGGCGUUGGCUGACCUGGUGGUGGCCUUGUACCCCUAUCCACUAAUCCUCAUGGCCAUCUUCCACGACGGCUGGCCCAUGGGGGAGGUGCACUGCAAGGCCAGCGCCUUUGUGAUGGGCCUUAGCGUCAUCAGCUCCGUCUUCAACAUCACUGCCAUUGCCAUUAACCGCUACUGCUACAUCUGCCACAGCGUGGCCUACCACCGCAUCUACCGUAACUGGCACACCCCCCUCUACAUCGGCCUCGUCUGGCUCCUCACCCUGGUGGCCAUAGUGCCCAACUUCUUUGUGGGGUCCCUGCAGUACGACCCGCGCAUCUACUCCUGCACCUUCAUCCAGACAGUCAGCGCCCAGUACACGGUGGCGGUGGUGGCCAUCCACUUCCUCCUCCCCAUCACCGUCGUGUGCUUCUGUUACCUGCGCAUCUGGGUGCUGGUGCUCCGGGCCCGCAGCAAGGUCAAGUCGGAGAACAGGCUGUGCCCGAGGUCCAGCAACAUCCGGAGCUUCCUGACCAUGUUCGUGGUGUUUGUGAUCUUUGCCAUCUGCUGGGCGCCGCUGAACUUCAUCGGACUCGCUGUGGCCAUCGACCCAGAAGAAGUGGCUCCCCAGGUCCCAGAGGGGCUCUUUGUCGCUAGCUACUUCCUAGCUUAUUUCAACAGCUGCCUUAAUGCCAUCAUCUAUGGGCUCCUGAACCAGAACUUCCGCAGGGAAUACAAGAGGAUCGUCUCUGCCCUCUGGAACCCGCGGCGCUGCUUGCAGGACUCCUCCAAGAGCAGCCAGGCUGAGGGGCCAGAGAGCCAAGCUCUCCCCGUUGUUCACACCCAGCCCCCCGUCCAGGCAGGUGCCCUCUAGCCUGAUCCCCAGCCGGGCAGCCGACUGGUGAAAUGGUGGGAGUGAGGCUGCUCCAGGGUGAGAUCUGGCCUCCUGCUUGCAUGACAGCACCUGGCUUGCAGAACUUCAUCCUGUGGACAGGAAGCCUGGCAGCAGGCCUGGUUCAGGCUGGUCAGGGGUCGCCUGCAGUUACUGGGGGCCACGUCCCUGUCGGCACAGCUCUGGAUCUAGUAUUUGCACUCUCAGGGAGCACUGGGGGCUUGGUGUGUGCAAAGACCAAGGAAGGAACAGAAUGAGGAAAGACCUGGGGUGGAAGAGGCCAAUUCCUCCCCAUGGACUGUCCCCCUGGUCCUCCUGCUUUCUCUCUAUCCCCCGAUUGGCAGCAGGAGUGGAGAGCUUCUCUGAUAGCAAAGAUGGAAGAGUGAGAUCUGCAGUGCAGGAAGGUUUUGGUGAUAAUCCAGGAGCCGAAAGAAUGGAGGUGCAGAGGGAAAACCCAAGGCAUCGGGCAUGUACAUAAUCACAUGGGAUGGUCUCAUGCUGUGGACCCUGAUUUUUAAAUAGAGUCGAUUUUGCUGCCGUAGUGUGGGAACUCUGUUCACCCUCUACCUCCCUGACUUUGGACAACCUGGUCAGGGUGCCGCCUUGCAGCCUUUCUCCGUGUUAGUUUGUUGGGGCUGGCAUGAGAAAAGUACCACGCGGUGCGGUGAGUGGCUUCAUCCCGAGAAAGCCUUCUUCCCUUCAAAAUAUUAGAGGUUACUGUUGAACAGAAUCUCACUAAAGCUGCCACAGAGACGAGACCCAGGCAACUACAGGUUAGAUUGAAGCAGACCACCUUCCCCGCUCUGGAAGCCGGACGGAACGGAUAUGCCCUUCGCUGAGGAGAAGUGAUUUUUACUGUAUUUUAACUCUUCUUUUCACAAAGUGGCUGGCAUACCAAAAAAAAAAAAAAAAUUAUGAAAAGAGGGAAGGAAAUUAGACCCCCAGACAAGAAAAGAAUCAUU